AGCUCUCUGGUGGUGAACACAGCAGACACUGCUGGGUCAACCUUGGUGGAGCAGUAGGGCAGAGGGUUGUGAGUGGGGUGGAGGGGGUUAACACUGUUGGUGUGCAGCUGGUAUACAGGAUACAUACACUGGGAGGUGUAUGUCUCUCAGCGUAUAUACCUUAAGUUUACUUCGAUGAAUAUUCUAGAGUUUAUGGUAGUCUGGUGAACAGGAUAUAAGUAACCUUAAUGGCCCUCGAGUAGUUGAAAGGCUUUUAAAACCACUGUAACUAACCCACCAGUGUGUUAUUCUUGGCUACCUAAGAUAACUUGGGAUACGUAUGGUAUUCCACGUUCAACAGCGAGAAGUAUAUCCUUAAGAGCAAUGAAGAAGAUAUUGAUGAUCGCGCUGUCAACAACAGAUUACGAAACCCAAAGAACAACUUCCAGGAUGUAGUUCCCGCAUAAACCAGGAAGCAAUGGUGUACUGGGCCUCUUACGUGACUCCCUCAUAGUCCAUAAGCCCAUCGCUGUCCGUUCUAUGUACCUCGACAUCCGUCACCACCACAGACGUAAAACUCGUACGCCUUUCCUCACCGCCCACACGUCCCGCUAGACCAUGGUCGACCACAGGCGACACCGCAAAUAUAGGCGGUAAACCCUCUGACGCCGGGCUAUCGAGGAUCCUCUGUAAGUCUUCAAAACUGGGCAAUAUCAAUGGCGUUUGUGCCUCCUCUUCCACCGGAGGUGACGCACCCAAUCGCCUCGAUCUCCGACGCUGGUGGUAGCGUCGAGACGAUCUCCUCUGCAGCAUCCACUGCUUCACUCCACUUUACAUCCGCUGGUAAAACCUGCAGCACGUCGUCCACCAUUGUGGGCUUCUGAUGGCCCAGCUCAAACUCCUCCAUCGUAUCUUUGGAUGCAGUGUCUGUCAGGUCCGACCGUUGUUUCCCUCGUCGGUGCUCACAAGACGCCUCCAUAUGACACGUUGCACCACAAAGUCGGCACGUCCGAACCUGGCCCGGGUUCUGAUGAUGGAUGAAGAAGCAACCGAAAUGUUAAUGUAUACGUAAACCGGAUAUCCAAUGUGAGAAUUAGUAACACAAGACCUGUGUUCCUGUGAUCUCUGGUUAUCUGUGAUAAUACUCGUGCUGUCUCACCCCCUCACACACACACACACGAUCAAAUCUUCUGUUGUGGGACUGUGACACACCUGGCCACACACCUGGCCACACACCUGGCCACACACCUGGCCACACACACCUGUCUGAAUACGUCGAUCCUCCUGGCGACUGUCAGAUAUACGGACCCUUCGUGAGAAAUGGAGUGUGCCAUGGUGGUAACAUGUGGAGAAAACGCCGGCGAGGAGCUGACAGGAGUGACACAGAAUAUGAACCACAGCUGUCUCAAAGCCUGUGUCAGGGCGACCAGCUGCUCGUCUUCGCCUCCUCUGGUACAGAACCUUGGCUGAUGGUGGGUCACACCCCAGUUCUUUACAUCUGUCCUGGCAGCCUUAGCUCCAGUCUUGAACAUCUCUCAAUCUUCAAGGUGGGGGAGGUGAAGGUAUCUCCAGGAGCUCUACAACCCCGAAACACCAGUCUUGUUAUAAAUGUGUCAGAAAUAGAGAAGACAUUUAUACUGCCUGAAGGGGCGUUCUCAUUUCAAACCAUUGACCCCAGCAAUAACAAGUUUUCUAUUGAUUAUCAAGAUAUUAAUGCUCCGGCAGAGAUGCAGCUUAUAAUAGAACAGGCAGCAGAAGUGAUGUACGAGCCUCGAAGUAUUGUAGCUCCGCGUAUUUUUCUCAGCAUGAAGAGUGUGAGAAUCAUACGUUUUUGUUCCCGAGCCAUCAUACCUUACAUCCAGCCAGAGGCAUCAUUCCUUGAGGUUAAACUGACUGACAUUCUAGUGGUAGAGACUCAAGCUAUAAAUAUAGGAGAUUUUAAAGCUAUAAAUAUAAAAGAGCUGACACUGAAAGAAGCGUCGGUAGAUGUGGCCAGUGAUGGCGGUGGAGAAGUAAUCUUCGAAGGUAUUGAAAAUGCUGUUCUCGAAGGGGCCGCCAUGGCGCUCUCUCCCAGUGUCUCGCUCAUACUGAAUAAUGUGAACAUAAACUUUGCGGGUCAUCGCGCCAUAUUUAACUACAACACCUCAGUUGCACCUCUUCUCAAGGUUCACCUGCAGAACCUUACAAUCUCAACGCUGGCAAGUGCUGCGUUUUGCCUGGAUGUUGCAAGUGCUUUUCUUGACAACGUGAUGGCUGCAGAUGGGGACGAAAUAUUUGCUUGCCUUCAGACUGGAUUUCUGAUGAGUGACGAUGAGUGGCCAGGUAUGGUGACCUGCUCAGGUCAUCACCACUACCAUAACAGUGCACUGUGUGGUGACCCUCGCUGCGAGUCCUGCCUCUCCGAUCCCCCAAAAUCAGCGUUGAUGAUGACACUACAAGCAGACUCCUUCACAGGUACAUCAACACCAGUGGUGGAUGUGGCAGCUCCCACUUCGUCUUCCUUUACCACCACAUCACAUCCCACUUACAACUCAACUACGGAAGCUUCACUAUUAGGUACAUCAACUUCAGAAGAAAAGAAUGAAACUGAACUAACACACGAGGCCAUUCCCUACUGGGGGAUGGAUGAGCUACCCAUGUAUGCAGUCAUCCUUGCCAUCAUUGCUGGAAUUAUCUGCAUACUUUUAAUUACAUUCUUUACUUAUAAAGUAUUUAAACAUAGUCAGCAUGGCAAGUACAAGCUGCCUCAGCUGGCCCCUAGCCACACCUUCCACAAGACCAUCAUCACUGCAGAGAACCUACAUGCAUCCAGAAGUCAGCACAGUGAAGCUGCUGCAGAUAUGUAUGUCACUUACAGUACAUCGGAAGCCACUAAAGACAGACAGGCACUGCCCACUGUCAGUAACAAACCUCCUGACUUCUAUAAAUUACCUGCCAAUGCACAUAUACCAUUGGUUAACACCAGUAGGAGUUCUGAAGAUUCCAACUAAUGUGCAUGGAAUGUAGCUAAUUACAAAAGGAAACAAAGGAAUGAAUGCAUAAUUCUUACGCUGGAUAGUGUCUUGAUUAAACAGCAGUAAAUAUGGCAGGAUUUAUUGAUAAAUAUCAACAUUAGGUGUAAUAUUACAGAAUAAUCAGUCUUGCUGUACAGACUCAUUGCUCAGCAUGUCAUAAGUCUAUUCAUUUUUAUGUGGAUUUCAUUACCUAUUUCUGUCUUUAACAUUAACUGUUUAUACACUACUACACUCUAGAAAGGAACUCUUCAUACCAGGUAAACAUGCUCAUAUCAGUUUCCAUGGGUACCUCUUGGAGCUAAACUUUACCCUUUGAAUUUAGACAGUUUCUUCAAAAUUUAAAUUUGACAGAUGAAUCCUUUCCCCAGACACUGGUAAUCACAUCUCAAGCUUGUUCUUCCCUAUUCAUAGACAUUUGUUGACAUAACAAGUUACUACCUACAAAUCAGAAAUUAAAAUUGUGCUAUGUACAAAAAAUAUCAAUGGAUAUUUAUGAAUAUGCUAUCCUACCCUAUCUAGGUAAUAAAAGCCCUUACUCAGUCUUUUACUGUUGGACAAUCUUUAUGCAGUCUUCAGCACAUGGGCUUGCCUGCCUCAACUAGAAAAGUCGGGUCGGGAUGUGGGGCUACAAUGAAUGAUUUAGUCUUGUCCUGGUAAUGAGCUGGGUGCUCUUAACUCCUUUCUCACCACUAACUAAAAACUCUGCAGGCUCAUUUAGGUUUAUAUGUAUAAUUCCAGGGAAUGAGAUUAUCUGGAUUAUUGCUGCUGCACAGUAUUAUAUUCAUGGGAGGGUCUUAAACCCAUAAGGGUCAGUUUUCCAGGAUAUGUCUUGGGUGAGCAUUAGUGCAGUGCUCUAAAAGUUGCUCAUGGAUUUAGUGGCAACUGCUGUUUUUUUCUAGUUUAUUCAUUGUCAUAAAUGAAAUAGGAAUGCAGCUAG